AUGGCGAGCCUCGCUGCGAGCGCAGGCUUGAGUCGGUCCACCAACCGCUACUCGGCACUGCAGAGCCUCAUCGCCGACCAGGACACCGAGAUCGAGGACGAGUUGGCGAGGUCCCAGAAGCGCCUGCGCGACCUCAAGGCCCGCAUCUCGGCCCAGAGCAAGAAGAACUUUGUCCUCGAGCGCGACGUGCGGUACCUCGACAGCCGGAUAGCGCUCCUCAUCCAGAACCGCAUGGCACUCGAUGAGCGGGAAGAGGUCAAGGAGCAUCUCGAGGACGUCGAGGAGGGCGAGGAGACCGACAUGGACGAGCGGCGGCAGCAGCAAUACUCGAACCUGUUCUUCCUCCUCCAAUCGGAGCCGCGACACAUCGCGUCCCUGUGCCGGCUCGUGUCGCUCAGCGAGAUCGACACGCUCCUCCAGACGGUCAUGUUCACGCUGUACGGCAACCAGUACGAGUCGCGCGAGGAGCACCUCCUCCUCACCAUGUUCCAGUCGGUCCUCGCGGCGCAGUUCGAGACGGCGACCGAGUUCGGCUCGCUCCUGCGCGCCAACACGCCCGUGUCGCGCAUGAUGACGACCUACACGCGUCGAGGCCCCGGGCAGAGCUACCUCAAGGGCGUCCUCGCCGAGCGCAUCAACAGCCUCAUCGAGCACAAGGACCUCAACCUCGAGAUCAACCCGCUCAAGGUCUACGAGCAGAUGCUCAACUCGAUCCAGGACGAGACGGGCGACCUCCCCGAGGACCUGCCGCGCAACGUGACGCCCGAGGUGGCGGCCGCCAACCCGGACGUGCAGAACAUCAUCGCGCCGCGCCUCACGAUGCUCAUGGAGAUCGCCAACUCGUUCCUCCUCACCAUCAUGAACGGCAUCGAGAGCGUCCCGUACGGCAUCCGGUGGAUCUGCAAGCAGAUCCGCAGCUUGACAAAGCGCAAGUACCCCGAGGCGACCGACUUUGCCAUCUGCUCCCUCAUCGGCGGCUUCUUCUUCCUGCGGUUCAUCAACCCGGCCAUCGUCACGCCGCAAGCCUACAUGCUCAUCGACUCGCUCCCGACGUCGGCCAAGCACCCUCGGCGAACGCUCACCCUCAUCGCCAAGAUGCUGCAGAACCUCGCCAACAAGCCGAGCUACGCCAAGGAGGCCUACAUGAUGAGCCUGCAGCCGUUCGUCGACAACAACAAGACGCGCAUGAACCAGUUCCUCAACGCCCUGUGCGAGGUGCCCGACUUUUACGACACGCUCGAGAUGGACCAGUACAUGGCGCUGUCGAAGAAGGACCUCCAGAUCAACAUUACGCUCAACGAGCUGUACAACACGCAGAGCCUCCUCAUCCAGCACCUCGACGUUCUCGCCCCGAACGACAAGCAGCACCUGCGCAUCCUCCUCGAGGAGCUCGGGCCGGCGCCGGCGCAGGUCCCGCGCAAGGAGAACCGCGCCGUCGAGCUCCCGCUGUACUCGCGCUGGGAGAUGCCGAUCCAGGACAUCACAACGGCGCUCAUGGCCGAGAACAACGUGACGCAGAACGACAUCCUGUACCUCGAGACCAAGAGCAUCUUUGUCCAGCUCAUCCGGUCGCUCCCUCGACUCGCCGAGCGCCGGCCGAUCCAGCUCCCCGUCGUCGCCGAGACGGCCGCGACGGCCAAGGACGCGACGCUCGUGCGCAAGGGCAUAAAGGUCAAGGAGAUGCUGCGCGAGCUCGAGGAGCUGCGCCUCGCCGACCGCCGCGACGGGUACAAGCUCCUGACGGACGAGGUCGCCGCCGAGCUCGCGCACCUCGGCAACCUGCGCGAGAAGGUCGUCGUCGAGACCAAGAGCCUCGACAGCGUGUACAAGACGAUCUGCGACCACAACGCGUACCUGAGGUCGCAGCUCGAGCAGUACAAGGCGUACCUCCAGAACGUGCGCCAGACGAGCGCGACGGGCAAGAAGGGCCAGUCGGGCGGCGUCGGCGUCGUCACGGUCGCGGGCAAGGAGGCCAAGCAGGGCAAGGGCACGACCAACAUGGGCCCGUUCAAGUUCACGCACCAGCAGUUCGAGAAGGACGGCAUCAUCAUCGAGACCAACGUCCCCGAGAACCGACGACCAAGCAUCUUCUUCCUCGUGUCCUCGCCGUCGCCUGGAGCCUUCCUCAUCGCCUUGCACUACAAGGGCCGCGAGAAGGCGAUUCUCGAGAUGGACCUCAAGAUCGACGACCUGCUCGAGAAGAAGAACCAGGGCGUCGAGCAGCUCGACAUGGAGUACGUGAGCCUGAACGUCUCCAAGGUGCUCGCGCUCCUGAACAAGACCUUCCAGCGGCGCAAGUAGCGUGCCGUCCGCCUCGUCCGUCGCCGCUCCGGCCUUCCCCCCUCGCAUCCGCCUAAUCGCCUCGUCAUCGCGCUCUCGACGCCCCAGAUUCCCCUCUCUAUCGCUCUCGCACCUCGUCACCCGUAUCUACACUUUCUGUGCACCUAUACCCCUCUCUGUCCCGUCCCACCCUGUACACCUCUGCCCUCCUCGACCCGCAGCCUGCGGCUGUGCCGCUUUGGCCCCGAGACCUGCAAUCGGCGUGCCCCUAUUUCUCCAGCUGUCUGCAAUGACGCUCUCGAACGAUC